CCGAAUUCCACAGAAAUCUAAUUACCACCAACUCAUCAAAAACCCCAAACCGAUUUGCAUUGACCCUCUUUCUUCCUAUCUCAGAUCUUCCCCUCUCUGUCUAUCUCCCAAUCUUGCAUUAAUACCUUUCUCCGUGUAGAUUAGGGUUUUAUUUGAUUGCUUUGCUGAAUGAUCCAACAAAACAAAAACCAAAAAAAGAAGAAACAAAUGCUCUUCAAUUUUCUGCUCAGGCAAUUAAUUGGGGUCGCGAUCUCUAAAAUCAAUAUACUAACUCCUUCAGAUUUCCAAAUUUGCAUCAGUGCGUGACUUUUUCUCUUGUUGUUGUCAAGAAGAAAAACAUACCUAUGACGGUGGGCUCUGAGAGCUCAGCUGAGACCUCUCCUGCAUCAACUGAUGCGCCGCCGCUGAAGAAAUUCGGAGUAACAAGGCCUUUGUCUCUGAGUGGGCCAUCCGAGGCAGAUCUUCAUAGAAACGCAGCACUCGAAAAGUUUCUGAGGGAUUCAGAGCUGUACGAGAGUGAUGAAGAAACUGGAAAGAGAGAGGAGGUGCUGUGCCGACUUGACCAGAUUGUGAAGCUCUGGGUAAAGCAAUUGACCCGCCAGCGAGGUUACUCCGAUCAAAUGGUGGAAGAUGCAAAUGCUAUUAUAUUAACUUUUGGCUCCUAUCAGUUAGGUGUUCAUGGACCUGGAGCUGAUAUUGACACAUUAUGCAUUGGGCCAUCUUAUAUUAGUCGAGACGAAGAUUUUUUCAUUAUUCUGCGAGAUAUUUUAGUUGAAAUGGAAGAAGUUACUGAACUUCAACCUGUUCCUGAGGCUCAUGUUCCUGUUAUGAAAUUCAAAUUUCAAGGAACAUCAAUUGACCUCCUAUAUGCAAGCAUUUCCCAAAUAGUCGUCCCACAAGAUUUUGACAUCUCUGACCGUUCUGUGCUGUACAAUGUUGAUGAGCCAACAGUCCGAAGCCUCAAUGGGUGUAGGGUUGCGGAUCAGAUUCUGAAACUAGUUCCCAAUGCUGAGCACUUCCGGACAACACUUAGAUGCUUGAAAUUUUGGGCAAAAAGGCGUGGCGUCUACUCAAACGUCACUGGAUUUCUUGGUGGUGUGAAUUGGGCUCUUUUAGUUGCUCGUGUUUGCCAGUUUUAUCCCAAUGCAGUCCCUAGUAUGCUGGUUUCACGAUUCUUUAGAGUUUAUACACAGUGGCGCUGGCCGAAUCCGGUUAUGCUAUGCCCUAUUGAGGAAGAUGAACUUGGAUUUCUUGUUUGGGAUCCUCGCAAGAAUCCUAAAGAUCGAACUCAUCAUAUGCCAAUAAUUACCCCUGCAUACCCUUGCAUGAAUUCUAGUUACAAUGUUUCACCAAGUACCCUUCGUGUUAUGAUGGACCAAUUUGAAUUUGGUAACAAGAUUUGUGAGGAUAUUGAGUUGAACAAGUCGCAAUGGGUAUCUCUUUUUGAGCCUUAUUUUUUCUUUGAGGUGUACAAAAACUAUCUUCAGGUUGACAUUAUUGCAGCAGACAAUUAUGAUUUACUGGCAUGGAAAGGAUGGGUUGAAUCACGUCUCAGGCAACUAACACUUAAGAUUGAGCGUGACACAAAUGGGAUGUUGCAAUGCCAUCCUUACCCAAAUGAAUUUGUGGAUACAUCUAAGCCUUGCCCACAUUGUGCAUUUUUCAUGGGCCUUCAGAGGAAAGAAGGAGUGCAAGUGCAGGAAGGGCAGCAGUUUGAUAUUCGUGGAACUGUUGAUGAGUUCAAACAAGACAUAAGCAUGUAUUCUUAUUGGAGACCAGGGAUGGAUAUAUUUGUCUCUCAUGUACGUAGAAAGCAAAUUCCUGUUUAUGUCUUUCCUGAAGGGUAUAAGAGACAACGACUGCCCAGGACCCCACAACACUGUACUACACCCACUCCUGAGAAGGAAAUCAAAGACUGCAUGUCUUCUGAAGACAGGCUUCCCAAAAGGAAGCACAAUAACGAAAUGAAUGAUGUGCAAUCUAACAAACUUGGGAAGCAAAUGUCUGUUAGUCCACAGCGGAUAGGCUCAGAUUCUCCUGCUUCUGCUGGAUUAUCUCCAAUGUUGGACAUUUGCAAGGAGUCACAACUAGAGCAUAUGAGCACUGUUGAUGUAUUGAGAAGUGGGUUGUCUGGUAGUUUAAAUGGACAAUUUGAGAACACGGGUGCAUGGGUUUGUGCCGAGAGUGUACUGUCAUAUUCCAAGAUCUGUAUCAAUAGUGAGGGUAAUGUAAGCUUAGGGGAGCAAAUUGCACAGCCAGGGGAUGAAUGUCUAGAUGAAAGCGGAGUACUGGGGAGUGCCUUGCCUGAUAAACCGAAAUUGCAGGAUCUUUCUGACUACUGAAGAGCUGGAAUGUUGUUGAUAUAAUUCAGGAUAUUCUUGAAGUUGGGUUCUUAAAAUUUGUAAGCAUAUGGCAAGCCUUAUGCAGAUCUUGCAAAAUACAAGAGCAGCUUGUAUUGGUUAAUUCAUCUGGUUUUAAGUAUCAUAUUAUUUCAUUCAAGAUGAAAAAAGUUCCAUUAUUUUUGAAAGGAUGCAAGUUUUACAGGCGGUUGAUUUCAAGCCUUAAGGGGUCUAGACGUAACGAUAGCUUGAUAUUUAUAAUUCUUUAUUCUCUUUAGUUUACUACUCAUAAAGACACUAAAUUCUUCAUGCAUGGGUGUAGUUAUAGCUGGUUUUCAAUUCCGAUGUCUGAGAUUCAAAUAAAGAACACUCACAAGCUAAGAGGUUUAUUUCUAAUUAUCCACUUAAUCCUGUUUGUUGUUUUCUGCCGUGUAGCCAAACAUUGCACCCACAAGGGUAAUUGGGUCAUCAAGAGACAAUGCAAGCCCAGAAACUGCACAGGAGCCAGCGAUAAGGUUGAGUCUGGAAUCAACUGCGUGAGGGAGUGGCGAUAAUGUUCGUUAACAAAGUUCGUGAGGGCAUCCAAUGGAAAAGUUUUCUUUAUUUGGAUAUGUUGAUGAAGACUUCUCUCUUGUACCUUUCUUUGCAAGUUCUGGUUGGAAGCAGGGGCUAAGAAGUUCUGCAAGAAUGGAAACUUGUGCAUUUUGUACAAUGGAACUGACAGUGCCUUAGUUGGUGGGAGGUUUGAUCUGUGUGGUUCUACCCGUUGGCUUAUCAUCAAAAAAGGAGCAAAACAAGAAAAAGGAAAAAGAAAAAGCAAUGGCACAAUUGUGUAGGAAAUUUGAAAAUUUUCGUUUUAGUACUCUUUGGGGUUGGGAGUGGGCUGGCUUUAACUGGGUUGUAGUGCUUUAGCAAUGGUUCAUGAGACUUAUUGCCUUUUAUGUAUAACUUUCUUCUUUGUGAUCAUAUAUAUUAACAUAUAGCUAGACCUCUAAUUACCUUUACGGCUCUACUAAUGCUAUGUUUGGUAACGAAACCAAUUUUAAACUAAUGGCCAA